GGGGAGGUGGGAGUGGGGCAGCGCCAAGGCCGGGCCCCCGCGCGCUGUCCUGGCGGGAGCGGCUGCAGUGGGGACCGAGUGCGGGCGGGAGCGGCCGAGAGCCCAGCGCUGCCCCAGCCCGACCUGCCCCAGCUCCAUCCCUGCCCCUGCGCUGGGAUGCUGUGGGGCUGGGGGGAAGAGGGAGCUGGCAGUGGGUGCUGGGCCUGGGGGCAGGAGGAGAAGGGAAGGAGAAGCAGGCUUGAGGAACAGAAUGGUGAAAGGAUGCAGGUGGCAGGAGAAGAUGGGAUUGUGCAGGAGAAGGAGGAAUAGCAGGAGGAAGAGGAGUGUGAGGAAGAGUAGAGACACAAGAGAAGGAGGAGGAGCAGAAAGAGGAAGCAGCAGAAGGUUCCACCCCUCCCUGUGUCUGCAGCCUCCCCCCAGUCCCAGGAGCGCUGCUCCCCCCACAUGCAGCAGGUGACUAUGGAGAUGGAUCUACGAUUUUCAGGGGGUGAAUCUUGGUGUUUCUGAGCUUUCUUGGGCUAAAUGUUGGUGCUUUGGUUUUAUAUGGGAACUGAAUCUUUAUCUUUUAGAGGAGGUUUUUGCUGACUUGUGAUGUUCAGGGAGUUUUUGAUUUGUGUCUUGAAGUUUGUGGGAUUUUUGGGCUGAAUCUUGGUGUUUUGGAGGUUCUUACAGAUACAAGAUUCCCAAUGACUUCCAGGGAUGAACUUGGGCAAGGCGGAACCUCCAGUCCAAGCAGCUCUUCUCUUGUUUUUCCCUCAAACCAGGAUUUGUCAUUUCCAGGGCGUGGCUGAAUGGAGGAGGAGGAAAAGUCCCGGAGAUGCUGCAGGAGGAGGAGCUGCAAACCCAGCCCAGGGAGCUGCAGGGAGGAAAGAGCCCCCCUGAGCCAGGAAGGCGGGCGGAGAUCCAGCCAGAGCUCGGAGCUGGUGGAGAAGCCUCAUGGCAGGGAGAAGCCCCACAAGUGCUUGGAAUGUGGGAAGGGUUUCAGGUGGAGCUCCAGCCUCAUCCAGCACCAGAGGAUCCACACUGGGGAGAGGCCCUACGAGUGUGGGGAGUGUGGGAAGAGGUUUCAGUCCAGCUUCCAUCUCCUCAGACAUGAGCGGAGUCACACAGGGGAGAAGACCUACCGCUGCCCUGACUGUGGGAAGGGCUUCAAGCAAAACUCCGACCUCACCGAGCACUGGCGCAUCCACACUGGGGAUAGGCCCUACAAGUGUGGGAAGUGUGGGAAGGGCUUCAUACAGAGGUCUAGCCUGGUCAAACACCAGGUGAUCCACACUGGGGAACGGCCCUAUGAGGGCUUGGAAUGUGGGAAGAGCUUUGGGUGGAGAUCCCAACUGAAAGCACACCAGCGCAUCCACACAGGGGAGAGGCCCUACGAGUGUCCCCAGUGUGGGAAGAGGUUUCAGAGAAGCUCCAAUCUCCUUCUACAUGAGCGGAUUCACACAGAGGAGAGGCCCUACCGCUGCCCCGACUGCGGGAAGGGCUUCAAGCAAAACUCCCACCUCAUCGUGCACCGGCGCAUCCACACCGGGGAGAGGCCCUACGAGUGUGGGAAGUGUGGGAAGGGCUUCUCACAGAGCUCAGAUUUGACCCAGCACCAACAGAGGCACCACUAAGGGAAGCCCUGUGAGUUCCCUGAGUGAGGGAAGAGCUUGGAGUGAGGGAAGAGAGUGAAGGAAGAGUUUGGUGUGCUGCUGCAGCUCCAUCCCCCAUGAGAGGAUCCGGGCUGGAUGAUCCCCAGUGACCCCCGUUGGGCAGAGCCCUGGUGUCCCCGUAUGGGGAAUAAAACAGAGAGUAAAGC